AAACUGUGCGCUGGCUCCGGCUACCAGUGCAGAUGCUGGUCGCCAAAGGGAGAGAGGAGGUGCAUGAUGGUUCCCGUCCCACUGCUGCUCCUCAUAGUCGCAUCUGUGCCAUGUUGCUCCGCAGUCUACGACGGGCCCCUCCAGCCGGAGAUCUCCAACGGCACCUUCCAUCACUUCUUCGUGCCGGACGGAGACUACGAAGAGAACGUGGACCCGGAGGAGUGCCAGAUGCUCUUUAAGUUCUCCGACGUGUAUCCGUGCGCGGCCAACGAGGAGCGGGACUCGGUGGUGCGGGACGACUUCCUCAUCGCCAAGCUGCAGGCGGAGGACGCGGCGCGGCUGCUGGAGGGCAUCGGACGCGCCGUGGCGCACGACCUGGACGGAGAGGACAGCUACGGCAAGUUCCUGCUGCGGGAAAUCUCCCAGAUCGGCGAGGCGUUCUCCAGCGUGGACAAGUCCCUGCUGGAGCUGGAGGUGAAGUUCAAGCAGAGUCAGGAGUCGGAGCUGAGAGAGGAGCAGCAGCUGAACGGAUACGUGGUGAAGCAAGUGAGCGACGUCAGGGACGCGCUGAGGAAGACCACGGACAUCUCUGUGGGACUGAAGGAUAAACAAGAGCUGCUGUCUCUCAUCAUCCGCAGCCACGGCACCAGACUGAGCCGCCUCAAGACUGAGUACCUCAACUUUGGAGCAUAGAGGUGUUCUGGCAGGUUAAUGUGUGGGAUUGUGUGUAGGUGGCUGUAAGUGUUGGUAACUGUCUGUAAGUGUGUGUAAGUGUGUUUGUUAGUGUGUUUGUGUGCGUGUAGGACACUCCAGUUCAACAAACAACUGGAAAGUUAGUUUAGGCUUAUGAAUAUCCUUCCUAUAAGUGUUUGAAUCGCUCUGACCUCUUGAUGACUGCCAGUCCUCUAACAGAAGCAUCAACACGUUCCUCUGGCUCAGGGAGGAAGAAAGAAAAUGUGAACAUAAAUUACUUCUACAAGGAAACCUCUGUGCCUCUUAGGAAACUUUGUAUUCAGCAGAAAGUAUGAAAAUAAAAGUCUUCCCAGCUCCUGUUGGGGUUUUUCUUCUCUGGCGUGUGGAGCCCCCUUUCUGUGUCUGUGGUUUAAAUAAAAUAGGUUGUGUACAAUUUUAGGUGAUUUCCAUUUAAAUAAAUACUUCAUUUUCAUCACA